CAGAACCUGGUCCAGCUAGGAUUUCGAAGACUAUAUCAUGUUUUGGUAUGGUAUCAGACUCAGGAGGAUACGAGGACUCUCACACCGUGUGGUAAUGGUCAUAUUCAUCUGUGCUUCUGUGAUCUGGCUCUGGUCAACUUCAACACCAGUCUCGAAACCCAAGAGCGCCGCCUGGACUGUCGCAGCAGAGAUACUGGAUACACUGGAUACCGUUGUGGAUGGCUACGUGCGUUCUGUUAUGAAUCCGUCCGUGCAAGUGGAAGAGAGCUUCUCGACCCGCCUCCUCGAGCAACGCGACGCAGCUACUCAAGAACUCCUACAAUGUUUCUCUGACCUCUCUCAAUGUGGUUCAUGCUCCUUGUCAGCAUCACCUGUCCUGCCAUCGAUAAUGCCCCUUUCAGAUGACACUCAGAUCCACAACGUGUCUGGUUCUCCCAUCAAGCCCAUUUCGUGUCUGUGCUCUUCCCUCGCAGGAAAAAGACUGACAAUAGUAGGCGGCGAUCAUGUAUACCGCUUCCACAACCUCCUCCUCGAUCACCAGAAGAAGUCCGAAGGCAAACGAUUUCCAUGCCUCGGGAAGGAGUUCUGUACCCACCACCAUCUAUGCUUACGGGCCACCCGCAACAAUCCCGUCCUUAAGGAGGAGCCUAUGCGCUAUAUCAGUUCGCCAUCCGUCGAAGAGCUCGUGCAAACUGGUUCAUCGCUGGUCAAUUACGUCUUGUCGGAUACCCUUCUUACCUUGCCCGACCCAGAAGCGCCAGAGUAUACUGUCCCACACAUCCAUGCCUUCAGUGGCGUAAGGUCUCGUGAAACAUAUUGGCUAACUUCAGCGAAGAAAGCAGACGUCCUUAUACUGGGAAGGGGCCGUUUAGUGCACCGCCCUCGACGUACACAGGGAACUGGUCAUUACUUCUGGAUUUUCCGUCUCACAUGGGGAGUUAUCAUGCGAAGAUACCUUCAUUUGCUGCAUCAAUACCGAGCCCCCUUCAGAUUGUGGAUGCUGCAGUACAUGCCACUCUUUCGGUGUUUCUCCCUGAGAUCAAGCAGACGCUAG